CUCGUCGUAGUCACUUUUGACUGAAAUAAAGUGAUAAAGUCGAACGAAUAAAAAAUCAAGACCUGGGGGGUGACUGUUCUGCAAUUUUUUUCUGAACACGUCUGAAACUGAAUUAGAUUGAGAAAUAAGAUUCUGUACGAAAAUCUUUGACUCUAAUCCAUACCCAUAGGAAUUGGAGUUGUAUCAGGCCGCAGAAUUGGUCUGCAUUGUGGGUUUUUGUUUUAAGAGGAGCUUCCGGAGUAACAACAAGUCCCUGCGACACACUUUUUUGCAGAUCAUUUGGCACGGUUAGAUGUAGGGGGUGUAUUUACUCACGCGCGGAAUUUCGUAUUUUUUCUCUGUGCACCAUCACAAAUUCCUUUUUCCACUCCGACAAUUUCUAAUCCAAAUUCAAAAACCAUGUCUGACUAUGCGGUUGUGAACCCGAAGUUGUUAUGUGCGCUCGCACGGCAGGCAGCACUGGCAAACGCCGAGUUUGACAAAGAAGACGCUGGUAUGAUUUUCAACUUAUUUAAUGACGAGCACACUCCGGCGCCACCGCCAGGUCUUAGUCUUACUAAGUAGAACAAAGACAACAUCAAUCAAACAUGUCCAGCUUUACAUCAUGCUUAUGAUUAUGCAACUUUUUCUUUUUGUUACAAAAAUCCCCAACCAACACGAAGGUAUCUCCAACGUGGAAGUGCUCAGCGAUGGUUUUUCCAUUUCCGCAGUUAUUUCCGGGCCGGAACAGACCGCGUUUUUCGGAGGGUGCUUCAAGGUCUUGCUGCAAAUCCCCGCAACGAAUUUCCCCUCGUCGCCACCCAAGGCGUUUUUUCUCACCAAAAUCUUCCACCCCAACAUCAACAGCACGAACGGCGACGUGUGCGUGAAUGCGCUGCAAAAGGACUGGGACCCGGCGAAAUGGUACUUUGAUUUCCAUCUUUGCCAUUGCCGCGUGGCGAAACUUUUUUUUCAAAACAGGCUUCGAUGUCGUGUGUGUGUCUGUGUGGCAUGAACAAAAGUCUUCACUUCUAUCAAGCUUAUUAACGACAGUUAUUUCGCGUUUGUGACAACUCCUCUUCAAUAUGCGUAGGGCUAUCAAAGAUGAAAAUCACAACCAGGUCGCUCGCCCACAUUUUUCGCGUGAUUCGCUGUCUCCUGAUCAUUCCGUUUCCGGAGUCGGCAUUGAACCCGGAGGCGGCCCGGCUGUUCAUGGAAGAUUACCAGGAGUUCUGCGCGCACGCAAAAAUGAUGGUAAACGUGCACGCGAGGACAAGAAUGCAGCCCGGAGCGGGCUCUGAUAAGGAAAACAGUCAGCAGCGCCGGGGAACAGGUGUGGCGAACGCAAAAGUGACUUGCUCUGCGUCGGGUGCAGCACCAAAUGGGACGACGACAAAGACAGGAGCUUCUUGCGAAAGCAGACAGGUUGUGAUCAAGAACGCCAAGGAUCUCGCCAGCGGAGAUCCAGCGUGCGCCGCGAAAGCAACUACAAAUAGCGGCGCAACCACCAGCGCUCUCGGCGGAGGUGGCACAGGGACACACGGUUCUUCGAAACUGGGAGGUAUGCAAAUGGCAGCAAAGAAAAGUAAGUCCGCGCUGCGCCGAUUGUGAUAGAUAAUAGAACAGUUGCAGGAACGGGAACGCAGCUGACGAAAAUUGAUUGCGUGCAGAAUUACUUGGUUCGCUUCUUGCUGGAUGUGCAUUCGCUGUGAGAUUUUUGCGAACACUAUGCUUUGUGCUCCUGCUAGUGCUGCACCUACGACUCCGUACACUUUGUUUUUGUGAUGUUUCUUGAGCAGUAUCUCUAUCUAUUGUGGCGCUUGUUUCCGUAUACACAAGUACACGAGUUCGAUCUACAUCAUGCGCAUACAUGUAGUUUUUUCGUGAACUUCGCACUAGCGGUUGAAAUUGAUAAUCGGCACCAGUGUUCACCGUGAACAUCUACAAAUUAACACCAACUGUACACGAAAAUCUAUCAUCUUGAAAACCAAAACUUCUGCGCUCAUCAGUGUUGUUUUGGUUUGCUUUUCUUCGGCAAAUUGUCAAGGAAAGUGCCUGCAUUGCUUUGAUACCAGCAUCUUCAACUUAUUGGAACAGCGCUUCAUCUCUACUACAUGACGAAAUCAUUUUUUCAAAUGGGGAAAACAACCUUUCGGCAGAAACGACUAAAAUUCAUACACCUCUGGGUUCAGCUCAAGCUUGGCGAACCAGGAUUUUUGAUUCAAUGUACAUUGGAGCAUAUAACAAAAAUAUGAAAGAGCACCGCGGCUCCGGUUUACUUAC